CGGACGGGGCAUGGGGGGUGGCGGUGGCCGCCGCCGCCGCCGAGGAGAGGCACGGGCAGCGGCGGACGGAGGGCGCGGAGGAGCCGGCGUGGCGGCACCGCCGCUCGGCGCCAGAGCUCCCUCGUGCAGCUGGACACGGUGUCUGUGCCACCUCCACAGAGCAGCUGGUCAUGCUGUGCUCUGGAGUGGCAAGAGCUCAGAAGACAUUUCCUGGCAUUUAAGUGCCCCUCCUGUUUGGUAGGGGGUGCCUCUUGCUGGAUAUCAGAGCAGGUCAGUGCCAUUGGCGGAUACAGGGCAGGAUGGCAGGCAGCAACCAGCUCUGCAUUCGCCGUUGGACUACCAAGAACGUGGCCAGGUGGCUGAAGGAAGAAGGCUUCUGUGAAUACGUGGAUCUUUUGUGCAACAGGCACAGGCUGGAUGGAAUUACCCUGCUGACACUUACUGAGUAUGACUUGCGAUCCCCUCCUCUGGAAAUCAAAAUCUUGGGGGAUAUCAAGAGGCUGAUGUUGUCCAUACGCAAACUGCAGAAGCAGCACAUCGAUGUCCUGGAAGAGCUGGGUUUCACCAGUGAUGGUCAUGCUGGCACUGUUGGUGCACUACAGGGGGCAGAUUGGUUUUGUAAUGGUGAUGUGCCUCGGGACUAUGAUGGACCAAUUACUGACUUGAAUGGUGAUCAGUAUCAAUAUACAAAUGGAAAACACAAACAUGCCGCACGCAGACUGGACCCAGAGUACUGGAAGACAGUUUUAAGUUGUGUGUAUGUCUUCAUAGUGUUUGGCUUUACGUCAUUUGUUAUGGUGAUAGUACACGAGCGAGUACCUGACAUGCAAACAUAUCCACCUCUGCCAGACAUAUUUCUAGAUAGCGUCCCUAGGAUACCAUGGGCUUUUGCUAUGACUGAAGUAUGUGGUGUAAUUCUUUGCUAUAUUUGGCUCGUGGUUCUUCUGCUUCACAAACACAGAUCUAUACUCCUGCGCAGGCUGUGCAGCCUCAUGGGGACAGUAUUUCUACUACGUUGCAUUACAAUGUUUGUUACCUCACUCUCUGUGCCAGGACAGCACUUGCAGUGUACUGGAAAGUUGUAUGGCAAUGUUUGGGCAAAACUCCAGCGGGCAUUUGCAAUAUGGAGUGGCUUUGGAAUGACUCUGACUGGAGUACAUACAUGUGGAGAUUAUAUGUUCAGUGGUCACACCGUCGUCCUGACCAUGCUCAACUUCUUUGUCACAGAAUACACGCCAAGGAGCUGGAACUUCUUGCACACCUUGUCCUGGGUCCUGAAUCUCUUUGGGAUCUUCUUCAUUUUGGCUGCACAUGAACAUUAUUCUAUAGAUGUCUUCAUUGCCUUUUACAUCACUACAAGACUCUUUUUGUAUUACCAUACAUUGGCUAAUACCAGAGCAUAUCAACAGAGUAGGAGGGCAAGGAUAUGGUUUCCAAUGUUUUCUUUUUUUGAAUGCAAUGUUAAUGGUACUGUUCCCAAUGAGUAUUGCUGGCCCUUUUCAAAACCUGCUAUUCUAAAAAGAUUAAUUGGUUGAAGACUGUGUGUGUCAGUUCAGAUUUUUAUGAAGCAUUAUGACUAAGAUCCUACAAGGGGGAAGUCAAGUAACAUUUUUCACUCCAUGAUCUCCUCCUUGCCUUGUUUAUUGGAUUCUUAGCUAUAAAAUGGGGUUUCCAUACUUUACAGGGAUGUGGUUUUUUUCUCCUUGUGGAAAUAGAAAACAAUGCAGGGAUGGGUAAAGUGAAGCAUGAGUAUAAACCAGAAUACUGUUACCCUUAGUAAGGCUCUGUGUGAAUGCUUAUGGAGUAUUAACCUCCAAUAUGUAUGGAAUAUAACACACCCUUUACAGGUCCAGAUAAUCUUUGUUACCUGAGUGCCAGCCUUUACAUAUACUGACAGAAAAUUGGAACUUUAUGAAGCCUUUCUUUGAAAGCAGUCAUAAGUGAAAUUUUCAAAACAAACUGCGUAUAUUUAAAGAUUGAGGAGGUCUGUGUCAUAAUGAAGGAAGCAGUAUAGUUCCUUGCUGAGAGGGUCUCUUAACUGUUAAAUUAUAAGUCUUGACAGUAUAAAUGGUCUGCAUACAGGUUGCCAAAAAUGAAAGUCUGCCUUGUGGCUGUGCAGUAAUGAUAUUUUUUUUAAAAGAACUUAUUUAGUCUAGUCCAUCAGUUGUAUGAUUGUUCUAGCACUUGAAAGUUUUCCCUUUUGUGUUUAAAUGAGUUCAAGUAAGUGGAACAUACACUGAAAGUAAACUUAGCUUUAGUGAGUUUAAAGCCACAAAAUAACUUUGGUGUGGUCUUAAUUGCUUUAUACUCAAAGCCAUGCAUGCUUUUCAGGAGCAGUUAUUUUACAUUGGAAAAACAGAACAGGUGUCUUUGUGUAUCUUACUGUCCUAUAAAUGGAUGGGAAAAAUGCAUGUAGUAACUCUUUCAGGAAUAGUAAUAAUAGUGAGUAUUGGAAAUAGUGCUCAUGUUGAUGUAUGUUUUAACACUCUGGUGUCAACACUAUGGUGACUAUCUCUGGAUAUAUAUAUAUAUAUGCACAGUAUAUUUGGUUAUAUAUAUAAACACACAGUAUAUGUUUUUCUAACAACUAUGAAAAGAGGCUAGUUCUUAAUUUAAGUUGCUCAUUUACUACACUGAAAGAUACCAUAAACAGCUGAGUUUUGCUUGUUGAAAAAAUCAAAUCACAACCCACAACAAAACAUCCCCCAAAAUCUUAAACCAGCACUCCAAGUUCCAUAAGGCAUGAGCAGGGUCAUACAAGGGUUGGUGAUCUCUUAAGCAGUGGAUUGUGAGGGGACAAUACUAAUGUUGUCUGUAGAGCCUUGAAAUUAGAUUUGUGCUAUAUGAAAACUGACAGGUACAAGGUACAAAAUCAUAGACCUUUUAAUUUGAUUAUUGCAACUUCAGAUGUGCAAAGGUAGUGUAAGUCAGCUUUAGAAAGUUACACAAAGCAUUUCCAGCUUGGUACAAGCUGACUUAACGGCACCAUGUACUUGUGUGUGCAUGGAAAUGAAUCCAUUUGGAAUUUGCAAGGUUUUGUGUUUGGAGGCUUGUAACCUACUGUGGGCUGCUCCUUGCUGUAUUGUGUUCCUUUUAUAAACCUUGAUUGUGUACUAACUUGACUACCUUACACUCUUUGUAGUAUACUAAUUUUGUUACUUAAUUUAGCUCCUAGUCCACAGAAGAAUUAUGCACCUUGGAUAUCUCUGUCAACUGUAAUGAGCACAUGUACUAUUCCAGAGAUUUUUAUAUUUGUAACAUUCCAAUUUUUUAGCAAAAUAGCAGGUUUAAUACUAUAUUAUUCAAUCUACCAUAGCAUGAUGGCUUUUGCCAUCCAAAUCGGGAGAGUAUCCUUACACUUAAAAAAAAGGAGAAAAUAUUCUAGAAGAUUUAAAUACUUGCCAUUUGCUGCUCUUAACUUUCUGAUUUCAGAAAGGCAAUUUGAACAUUCCUUUUGAGACUUUAUAAUAAAAGAGCUCUACUUGUUAACUUAUAUUUGCCUUUGCAAUGCACAGAGUUAUGAAUGCUGUUUUUCUAAACUUUAGGAAACAUCUGUUCUCAGGAUGUAUAGGAUUGUAAUCUGAGUUAUGUGGAGAGGUAUGCAAUUAAAUUUGCAAGGCUGUUGAUUCUGAAAAUAACUAUUUGAAUGGUAACUGGCAUAACUGCAUCUAAACUGAAAUACUAUUUUACAACUUAGACAUGCAGGAGAAUUUUCAAGUACAGCCUAGUGUAACAAUGUUUACAUAAAGUAAAGCUAUCAUUUAAAUAUUUUUAUUUUUUGUAGUGAAGUUCAUAUACAUUGAAAUGUAAGGAUUCUUUGUUCUAAUUUAAUUUUCAAAUUCUGUUAAGUAAACUGUGUUUUAAAUCA